AUGUUAAUCCAUGGAUCAUAUCGUUGUAUAGUGAUACUAGCAACGUCGUGUGAUAUAUGCAGGUAUGGCUUCUGUACACAGUACCUUGAUGUCUGUCCUGCUGCAACUCGAUUCAAGAAGGAGACAAGCAUACGAGCCACUUUGACAUUUGAUCCACCAACGACUAAUUCAGAGAGAGCCAAGCAGAGAAAGCAUACCAUUGAUCCUUCUUCUCCUGAUUUCCAACCAAUCCCAUCUUUUGAGGAAUGCUUUCCCAAGAGCACUAAAGAACACAAGGAAGUUGUUCAUGAAGAUACUGGUCAUGUUCCCUUUCGACGUGUUCAUUUGUCUAUUGGUGAGCCAGCUUUUGAUACUUAUGACACUAGUGGUCCUCAGAAUGUUAACCCACACAUUGGGCCAGCUAAGCUAAGGAAGGAGUGGGUUGAUCGCCAUGAAAAGCUGGGAACACCUAGAUGCACCCAAAUGUUAAUGAGAACAUGCCAGCUCAGCUACAGAUUCUUGUAUUCACACUUAUCAAUGUACUAUGCUAAGCAAGGAAUCAUAACUGAGGAAAUGCUCUACUGA